UUAAAUUGUCGACUAGUUCAGUCGUCAGUUGGUGAUAUGCUCUAAGAUCGAGGGAAUUAAUGUUUGUGAUAUAUAUAUAUGUAUAUAUUAUAUGUAUCCUUAUUUUCGUAAUAAGUUUUAAACACCUAAUGCAAUGGCGGCCUUAAUACCGUUGCUACUUUUGUUGACAUUAUUCAAUGGAUGUUUGUGUCAAGAUUCAAACCCAAACAAUUCUACGUUACCAGAAGAACGUGGAUUGAUUAUAACAACACUUGAAGUGGAAAACGGCAACCACGCAAUAAUACGUCACUUGGGGGCGAUGCCUGGUUACGAAAAUUUUACCGUAUUAGUACCUGGUAUUGCGGUGACAUCAGAUGGCCCUACACACGUGACCAAUUUGGACAUUGAUUUCAAAAAUAAAGAAUUCUAUAUGUACGACUAUCAUUACUCGUCAAUUCUUGUCGGAACUGGUUAUACAAAAGAACUUGAGGCAUUUCGCAUAACAUUGGCUUACUUGCAUUUCGGUGUAUCGAAAGGAACAAUACAGAUUGCCUUCGACUGGUUGUCGCGUACGAUCUACUGGGUGGACUCGUUGUUCAGAUGGAUCUUAGCAGUCCCCGGACAACAAUGGAAAGCCGGUUAUGAUUUUUACAAAAUAAUUGUUGAUGAUCAUCUAGACUUGCCGGACGGCAUUACACUUGAUCCUUUGAAAGGAUAUCUGUUUUGGUCAGACAACGGGAGACAUCCUAAGAUAGAACGCUCAGAUUUGCAGGGAAGAAACCGCCAUACGAUUGUAAAUUCCAAGUAUCUGUAUUCCCCAAUGGCAAUGGAUGCAGACAUAUACGGUCAAAGAAUUUAUUGGCUAGAUACAAUCACCGAGGCCCUUUUGUCCUCGACAUAUGAUGGAGAUGAUGUACGGGUGAUACAUCGUUUGUCAGAUACGAUAUUGUUUGACUUGGCAGUUUACAGGGAUGUCGUUUACAUAUCAGACAUUAAAAGAGGGCAUCUGAUUACACUAAACAAGACCACUGGGCACAUGGAAUCAACGAUUGUUACCCUGACAGAUGAGACUAUCUACGGUAUAACCGUUUAUGAGAAGAGGAACCAGCCUGAGAAAAAUAGAGAUUACUGCGCUGAAAAGAAGUGCGAGCAAAUAUGUAUAUCGGAAGAAAACGGGGCCUCGUGCAUAUGUGCAGAAGGAUAUAAGUUAAAUUCAACCGGAAAUUGUGAAGAAUCGUUAUCCGAUUUCCAUAAAGCUGUUGUCUUGGGGAACUACACUCAUAUUUGUUUGAUGGACAUUAGAGGAUUAGCCUAUCAUGCUUACGCCCCCGUAUGUAAAUAUACUGUGAUAGACACGCCUCCCGAGUCAAGUACAACUCAAACACUGACUUCAACAUCAACGCCAACAACAGCCCCACGACCAGCACCGACGGCAUCUCCCGACGAUAUGAUAAAGUUGAUAGAUGUAGACAGUGGUGGAAGAAUGGUCUUUAUAGCAACAAACAAUAACAUGAUAUAUAAACGAGCAAUAGACUUGCCGAUUGAAAACGAUGCAAGAGAACUAUUGCGCCAAGCAAAUGGGAACAUCAGUGGGUUGGCGUUUGAUUAUCAAUAUUCUGCCAAUUUAUACUGGACAGAAAUAGAUACUGGCAACAUUAUGUUUGUAAAUGUGGAAACAAAAUAUUCUAACAGAGUCAUCAUUGCUAAUUCUGCUCCACUCAUGAAACCGAGAAAUUUGAUUGUUCUUCCAACAAUAAGACAGUUGGCAUGGGUAGCUGGCAAUGACGGAGAUGUGUCAAUUCAAACCAUGACCUUAGAUGGCAGAAAUCUUAAAACAGUUAUCAACGGAUUACCGGAUAUAAAAGCGUUAGUUUAUGAGGAUGAAACUCGUUUAUUUUACUUUAUUUCAAAUGGAACGAUUAAACAGAUGGCAUUGGAUGGAUCGGGGCUAAUUAUUGCAACCGAAUCUGACCAAACGGCUUACCUGCUUCUUCAUUAUAAUAAUUACCUUACCUGGAUAUACACCAGCCCGUUAUACGGUAUUGUGUACCGGACAAAAGAUUACAGUACGGACACGACCGGUGCACAUGCUAUUCUUGAUGGCUCAUCACCGUAUAUUGGCAUCAAAAUACUUGAUGUCAAACCCAACUUACCUCAGUCUGCAAGCCCGUGCGCAUUUUUGAAUGGCGGUUGUGAGCAGCUCUGUAUCACCAAAUACACGGCAGAUGUUAUGGAGAAACAAUGUGAAUGCAGCGUUGGCUAUAAACUAGACACAGAUAAAUCAAGUUGUCGCUCAGAUGUUGUAACGGAUGACUUCAUUUUAUUUACGGAGUGGACAAGUGCGGCUCUUCACCAGAUAAAUCUACGCACUAAUGAAAUCAAUGCUGUAAUCAACCAGGAAAAUGAUUUCUACCUAGGUGUUUAUUUCGACCCCAACAGCAAGAAAAUUAUAUGGUCUGAAUACCAAAAGACUACAAUUUUUAGCUCGAAUCUUGAUGGAUCUGAUAAAAAGGUCAUAGGAGAUUUAGGCAACUCGUACCCUUACCGUAUGGACAAGGAUCUUACCACAGGCAAUAUCUACUACACAACAACGCCACAUUCUGAUCCACAUGUCGGCGUAUUAACGCCAUCUGGUGAUAAUUUCUGGCUUAAGGUUGACGUCACACAUGAAGAUAUUUGGGAUAUUGUAGUUCAUCCAGGAAAAGGAUGGAUGUUUUACACUGUAGUUCACUCAUUGUCCUACAUAGCGCGUUCAAAUAUGGAUGGAACAAACGCAAUAAAAGUUGUUUUUGGAGACCAUAUUAGAUAUCCUGAUGGUUUGGCUAUCGAUUUUAUUCAUGACCAAUUGUAUUGGUCCGAUGCCUUAUAUGACACAAUACAACGCUGUAACCUCGAUGGAAGCGACUGCGUCACCAUAGUGAAUGGGACUGGCUCGUGGAAAAUUCAGCGAAUCAGAGACAUUGUAACUGAUGGAACAAAUCUUUAUUACGCUGCCGAUAAUAAAGAUCAUGUUGAUAGAAUUUCCUUGACCUCACCCUACAACAGAACCAUCAUAGGUCAGAACCCCGGGCUAGGUCAAAUCGACACCUUGGCAUAUUAUUCUAGCUCUAACAGAAACAUACAACCAGUAAACGAAGCUUGCAAGGCUCGUAAAGGUCUCGGAAAUUGUAGUACAAUAUGUUUGCCCACUGCAACUGGUAGAACAUGCGCUUGUAAACCUGGCGGCCAACUAAAGCAAGAUGGCAGGACAUGCUCUGAUAUUUACCAAUGUUCGGCCGUUAUCAGCCAGGAGGUGAACACGGCGUCAGGGAAAGAAUUGAUAGAUAUUGUACUUGAUAGAGCCUGUCUGCGUCAUCUCAACGAUGAGUGCAAGUACAGGUGUCCGGAACAUUUUGUUCCUACUGGAAACACCAAGCUUUCAUGUACCAGUGCCGGUUGGGACAGAGAAAGUGUAAAGUUGUGUAGAGAGGUGUCAUGCCCGGUCGAUUCCGUGCCAAAUGGACGCAUCAAGGAAGGUUGUAAACACAGAGUAGGUGAAAUCUGCAUGUACGAGUGUGACGGUGGUUACACAAAUGUUACUGAAGCUACUAUAUGUAACACCAACAUGAGGUGGACGCCAUAUAGGUCAUGUACUACUGUCACGGUUUCAGUAAUCGACAAGCAGAGCUCUGGUAUAUCGGUGGCCGGAACCGCUUCCGGUAUAGCAGUGUGUGUUUUCGUGAUUAUAGUUCUGGUUAUUGUCAUUGUAUACCUACUACGCCGUAGUUCAGGUAAUAAACAAGCCAGUAAGUACGCAGCAUCAGCCGAAUUUCACAAAGGACAAGAUGGGACAGUUGCCAUUGAGAACCCUGGGUAUGCACCGAGUGAGGCGGGGUCCGUACGCUCUGUUCGGAAAAAGGAGGAUACCCCAUAUUCUACAGUUUCGCGUGCAGGACAAGGUGGAAACGAACCUCUUCCUGAAGUAGCCCAAAUUGAAUCAACGCGUGAUACUACGGUACUUACGUAUGACUCUUGGAUCAAAGCGAGACAGACUGAAGCAGGUGCCAAUUAACCAAUCCUACCUAUUGAGAAUCAAACCAAAGUGCGACGAGUAACAUUUGAUGCCGAAAUAUGAUAUUUACGUUUUUUAUGCAUUACUUUUUGAAGGCAAAAAAAUGUAAAAAUGUAUUACUGAUCAAUCCUACACUCCUAAGAAAGCAACUAAUAGAAUAUUAAAAUUUGAGCAUUUUUUACGGCGUAGCUAUAUUAAAAGAGUUUUUGACCUACUUCUGUAAGCAAUGGAAUUGCAGGUUACAAAAUCUUCAGCUAAAUAAGUUAACUAUUAAAAGAGCAGAAGUUAUGAAAAUUUAAGGACAAAACUUGUAAAUGUUAGCGUCCCUAAGAAAGAAGUUGUCAUAAAAAUGUUUCCGCAACAUUAAAUGCCUUAAUAGAAAACUUUUUAAAAUACAAAAUUAUACAACACGUAUAUCAGAAAGCCAAAAAACUUGUUAGUGUUUACCUGGUCAGUUAAUACAAUGUUUACUUAUUCCUCAACAGGUAAAUACACAAAUUUACAAGAUUAUUAAUUUUAAUAUUAUCAAGCUAAAUUCAUUCUAAUAGGCCUUUCAGCUGGUGCUGAAGAAACGUUUAGUGAAGGUCACAAAGUGUCUCUUACUUCCGUAUUUUUAAAAGGGUUCUGGUUCCAUCUAAUUUCUAAUAUACGUAUAUUGUCAAAUUGAUUGUUGUUUAGCCUGCAUUGUGCGCCCUCUUAAUAUCACCAAGAACCCCUCAGUAUACAAGCAUUUGGCUUUAAUUGGAGAUAAAAUCAUAAAGAAGGAAUGGAAUAAACAAAUUUUGACUGUUACUUAGUAAAACUUUUUAGUACCCAUUUGUUAUUACUUUUUUGUUGUUACUUAUUUGAUAUGGACUAUGGAAAAAAAGAGCCCCGAAAAAAGCCCAACACAGCAAAACACAGCAAAAUUGAAAAUGUUGCAGGCUCGGUUUGAAUGAGCCUGUUUAUAGAUGGUAGUGUUAAGUGCAAGUUACCGCCCCAACCAGCACCGGCUUAAGCGUAAUUUAGCAUUAAAAUGAACUGUUAAAAUUCUGAAUUUUGAAACACCCGCACAUGUGUUCAUAUGGCGGUUUUCAUGGAAGCCUUGUUAGUACAUAUUCAAGUACUGCUUGUAAGACUUAGAGAGACAGGGACAAUCUUUUGUAAUUAUUUCUUAAAACUUACUUGUUUAAAGCUACCCUUAUUACCCAUUUCUUUUAGUAAAUACGCUAUACUCAUAACCUCUGGCAGUUAUAAAGAAUAAACACGAUUAUUGAAAAAUGCGCAUAUAUCAGGCGUUUAAAAUUCUGAAUGACAAAGACACUCGAUGUUUAACCUGUUUUAUGUUAUGAUAUUGUAUUACUUAUAUAACUGCACAUUAUGUACAAAUAAUAACUUAGAUAUAUACACAUAAACAGAUGCCGAUACUACAUUGUAAUGUUCUUUCAUUUGCAUUUCUACAAUUGUUUUUAUAUUAUACAUAUAUUUCUUCUCUCUUGUUUAUUUUAUUGAACAUACGAUUGUUAUGUUUUUGUAUAACAUAA